GCUGACGUUCUGUUGAAUUUGUUUUUGAAUCUCAGUGAUGGUACAAAAGCGACAACGGUCGAUGUGAAUAAUCUACUCCUGAAACUCAUUCCUCUUUUCGGUGCCGAACGAGACGUGAACAGCAUUCAUCGAGUGCAAGAUAAGAUCCGAAGUGUUUCUUUUCCGGUUAAUGAAGAACUUCGGAACUGCAUCGAAAAGAAUCUAAAAAAGGUCGAUCUGGAGCGGAAAUUUGGUGUGAUUCUGAAGAAAGCACUUCAUGAGUCUGUCGAAGAUGCCGUGCACAAUUUUGAAGAAUUGUAA